AUGGAAAUCUCGGGUCUCGACCAAGGCAGCCAGUCCAGUGUAAAGACUCCCGACGGCGGCCGUGAAGAGUUGAAGGAUGCUAUGAAUCCAGAAUCUGAAAUGUCUCGUGGUAAGGGUGCUGUCAGACUGCAGCCUCAAGAUGAAGACAGCAAUACGCAUAGCCAUAGCCAUAACCAUAACAGCGGAGUCGGACUGGACACAUAUAACGAUGGCGAUGGCAAUGGCGAUGGAAAUACGUACAUCAAGAUAAAGCUUGAUGAAAUUUCGCAAAUUAUGAGCCAGAGAUCGGCUGAAGAAAUGUUUCAGGCUUCAUUCAAACACGGCCCACGUUGGUCCACAGAAGAUCUCAAGCUGUUUGACCCCCCACCAGGGCUUGCGACUUAUAAUGGAAGCCAGUCUGGAAAUACUGCCGAGACCACGAGCCAGUCGUUUUUCCGGCGAAAACCCAUAGCGUACAAUCUUAGUCUUGACGCCGCAACAUCAAAAUUGAUAUUGAAAGACAGGUCCGCCCAGACUAUUGUUCAAACUGGCCAAGAUCUCAAGGACAGAAUGGCUGGUGAACUGAAUCCAAGAAUCGACGACUAUAAAUCUUUCAUACCUGCAAUUCUCGGUCACGAAAAGCUACGCAAUCACCAGGCUGUGAAGAACAGUGGAUCUAUCGAUGCACAGAUUGAUUCCGCUAUAGGAUUGCGAAAACCUUUGUACAACAUCCAGAGGACUCUCGACAGCACUCUGCGCACCUCAUCCGAUUCUUUUCUUCCUGGUGAUCCAGUAGAAACUGGGAAACCAUUGAUUGAAGAGCACGUCCUGAAGGCUUACAGUGAUGGUUUGCUCAAAAUCACACUAGGGGCUAAAGUCUUCGAAUCAGGCAGUGAAGGACAUACUCGAACAGCGUCUUCAGUCCCCAUACCCCAUGCACAAGACAAUGGUUCUCAAGAGUCUCUUACACAGCAAAUAGCGAAAGGAAAUCAAGAAAGAGGUGAUGUGGGCAAUCUUGUUAACAGCAAAAAGGCUAUCAAAAACCCACCGAUCGAUUUCUCGAUGAGCGAUCGAUCAUCAGAGGAAGCCUUACCCAAGAAUUCUCAGCUAGAUAAAGAUAUCGAAUCGGGAGCCCAUAAUAUACAUCUUGGCACUGAGUCUACAGACCACAAAAGGCGGGGAAGUGACUAUAUCAUACCAGAAGCAGAGUAUCCCUCACUCCUGUAUACCGAUACCCCACAUUAUGUGACAGAGAAAAAUACGGACCAGAGCCAUUACUCUGGCGCGAAUCUGCCAGUCUCUGCAAUCCCAUCUCCAUUGCUUGAAACUGAGUUUAGUCCACUUCCACCCCUUCCCCUCGCCCCUGAUGGAACUAUACAAAACAACGCCAAAUCGUUCAGACACAGAAACCGUUGGAUAAGGGAGACUGCGGACCAGCGUCGUGAUCUCCAAAGCCGCUUUAAGUCAAUCAGACUCUUUUACCGCUCUUUUCCAUCUGGUCCGCUUGGUAUGGAUAGAAGGAGACCGAAGGAGCUUCAAGAUAGCAGUCAAGCUUUGAAUCAGGGGCUGUUCAGUGACGGUAUUUAUCUACCGUUUUCGGCUGUGGCAAUCAUUGUUUUGGUGAUCUGCUUUGGAAUGACGUACGCCAUGGGUUGAAAAUGGACUUGAUUGUA